AAGUGAAUUUAUGCGUGUGUACAUGUCUCCGAUUGAGUAAUUAACCAUAUUAACAGCCAACAUUAAGAAUGCUUCUGUCAUUUUUAAACCAUGCGAUAAAGCAAUAAGCGAUAGUUAUGACAAUGACAACAAAGACGCAAUGCCGUUUGAUUUGAUGACCAUCAAACGACGCCCCUCUCACAUCCUGUUGUUGCGGAUUUUCGCACACCGUCAAUCCGUAUAAAAGCUCUAUCAGCUGAUCACAACGACAUCACUCAGCGAUCAGCAGUCUUCAGUAAAGCACAUCCUCCCACUGCAAUCAUCUCUCCAACCAUGGCUUCCAAAUUCGUUCUGAUCGUCGCUUCCCUGGCUUGCGUGAGCGCUGGAUACAUCCCGAGCGACCACUCCCAUCUGUCCUACGGUGUGGCCCCGGCUGUGAGCUACUCCAACGUCAUCAAGAACGUUGCCCCAGUGCCAGUGCUGAGCAAGACCAUCCUUCCGGAGCCUCAGCUGUACCACGGAUACGCCCAGACUGCCCCGUCGGUUGUGGUCAGCAAGCCUCUGGCUCUUACCAACACUCUGCCCGUGUCCUAUGCUGCCCCUCACUCUCUGUACCAGGCUCCGGCUCUCGAGUACACGAAGCCUCUGUCUUAUGGCCCAUAUGCCAAGACUGUGAUCGCUGCUGAGCCAACCUACGCCAAGACUGUGAUCGCUGCUGAGCCAGCCUAUGCCAAGACCAUCGUGUCGGAGCCCAUCUACACCAAGAACGUGUUCGCUGAGCCGAUCUACCCAGCCAAGACGCUGAUCGCUGAGCCGGUGUACGGCAAGAGCAUUCUCGCUCAGCCAGCUCCGAUCUACGGUGGAAAGGUUCUGUCCUAUGGCCCGCAGUUCGCCUACGGAGGCUAUGGUGCCCAUGGCUGGUAAAUGUUUUGACUGUGAUAACAUUUUUUUGUGUUGUGUCUAUUGAUUUGUGAUAUUUGAAAUAAAAUGUCAUUUUGAAGUAAAAUAACUGAUUAAGAGAUUUAAUA